ACUCGCAGCCGGCCGACCGCUCCACCCGAACAUUUCACACUUUUUUUUAUUUUCCUCCCGAACGUAGCUCUGUAACAUCCAGAAAAGAAAACCUAGUACUAGUUUCAAACGCGCCUCGAUUACGUCUAUCUCUCGCGCGUUAGUUACCGCGUUUCCAAAAUGGCUGGACGGGACUGUCUCUCCAGCCGUGCGCGAACCCGCCUCUGACUCGGUUUAACGGACGUUAUGUGCCUCGUUAUGUAAAUGUUACGCAAGUUUGGGACGUUAAGGUGCAUCUUACAGCCCACGAUACGGUGCAGUGAACCGCGGUGCCCAUGUAACGAGCUGGAUCUGACAUUACCAUUAUGAGCGUGUACGGAAUAUCAGGGGGCAGCGAAUCUGACGUGAUAGCGCGUAGGCUGCGCGAAGCGGAGCGGGCGCGGGCGGACGCGGAGCGAGCGCACGCCGACGCGCUCUCCCAGCUACGCAGUGCGCAGCGGUCGCCGCUCGAUUCACACAAUGUAGAACAGUUGCAAUCUAAAGUGCGAGAGUUGGAAAAGAAGGCUGCAUUGGAAACGGUUCGAUGUGAGGAAUUACAACUAGAGUUAUCAUCAUCAAUGCGCGCAAGAGGUGCUACGACCACCACGUGGUCUACUGCAACGCAGCCCGCCUCUGAAAUCGAACGUAUUAUGGCAAAAAUCGAACAAGAUAAUAGAAUCCUUGCGGAAUUGGAGCACACAAGAUCCACUACACACGGUAUUCAACAAAGUGGUUCCAACACAGCACUUGGGGAAUUCCAUUCGCCAACUCCGUCACCUUUGCCACAUUCUUAUACAAGUACAGCGGGGCAUAUGGCACUCUGUCAGAGCAACACAAUGCCUACCCUUUCCUCGUUGCAUGCCACCGGACAGUUUACUGCUCCUAGUUCUAACUCCGUUGCGUAUUCCAUGAGUGCGCACAACCCUUCCUCCUAUACUAACCCCGUAUCGGCUUCUUAUGGGCUAUCAAAUACUCAUCAAGUCACGUUCACAAAUCCAGUAACAGCACCCCUUGUUAAUAAUAUUAACCAAAUCUCUAGUACUCUAGCAGGUCUGCAAUCAAACCUUCAAAAUUUAUCUGGGAAUGUAUCUGGAAUGACUUUGGGUAGUACAUUAGGUGGGACAGCGAUUACGGGGACUAUGGCAGGAGGAGGACUUAGCAGUUGUUUGAACAAUGUACCGACGAGUUUAUCAAGUGGACUUACAAGUACACUCGCGGGUAUACAGUCAAGUCUAACCGGUGCACUUGGUAAUACAUUGAGUAACCUCACUGGUGGCAAUCAACUUGGAGGACUGAACUCAAAUCUAACGAGCACAAGUGUAUAUGGAACUGGCACGGGUACUUAUACAAAUCCUCUUCUAACUAGCGGCUUAGGAACCAAUACAAUGAAUAUUAAACUUAAACCUAUGGAUGAAAUUGACCUUGGAUUAGGUAGAUACGGAACUAAUAAUCCAGCUAUGAUAAGGGCUGUCACCCCUGUAACUCCUCAUCAACCAAGCUGGAGCUUAGGAUUAGAUAGCCAAUUUCCAGACAGACUAGGAGGUUUAGAAUCGACAUUAUAUCAUGACAGAGGUCCGAGAAAUAUGAGACUUUUACCAAAUAAUAUGUUAGAUAUGGAUGUUCGAAAUACACAUUAUAUGAAUGGUGGUGGACCCACAGAGGCUCAAGUUGAUAUGCUGGAUAUCCCCGGCAAAGGUCGUUGCUGUGUUUACAUCGCUAGAUUUUCUUAUGACCCCCCUGAAAUCGAAAGUGCUGAAGGGGAACUAUCGAUUUGUUCUGGUGAUUAUCUCUUGGUAUGGGGUCCGCCCGAUCCAAACGCCACUAUGCUCGAUGCUGAAUUAUUAGACGGUCGCCGGGGAUUAGUUCCUGCAAAUUUUGUUCAAAGACUAGUUGGAGACGAUUUGUUAGAAUUUCAUCAGGCUGUCGUUGCGACAUUGCGAGACGCAGAUGAAACUGCUACAACUGCUGUUAGUGAUCUUUCUCUUAGUCGUGACGUGGCUCGCCUAAGUGAAGUUGCAGAUGUUACUGACGGUUCGGAAGAUGACGAUAAUGUUCCUGCUCCGCGCCAGUUAACCCUCGAGAGGCAGUUGAACAAGUCCGUGCUGAUUGGCUGGACGGCGCCGGAGGGAGUGCAGCAGGCGAACAUAGAAAGCUACCACGUGUACGUCGAUGGCGUCUUGAAGACAACGGUCAAAGCUACAGAGCGCACGCGGGCGUUAGUCGAAGGAGUAGAUUCUAAUCGGCCGCAUCGGAUUAGCGUUCGCUCUGUGACGGUGACUAGGCGUACAUCUCGAGAUGCCGCUUGCACCAUGGUCAUUGGGCGGGACACAGCCAACAUGGGCCCGACGUGUGUCCGGGCCAGUAGCGUAACCUGUUCUCAGGCCGUGAUCUCCUGGCUCCCAGCUAAUUCCAAUCACCAACAUGUAGUUUGUGUAAACAAUGUUGAAGUUCGAACUGUGAAGCCGGGUGUAUACCGUCAUACCAUCACCGGGCUAUCACCAAGCACGCAAUAUCGAGUUACAGUAAGAGCUAAGCAUUUGAGAGCCGGGCCUCCGUCUGGAAUACCCAUUGAAGAAGCCCCAGGGGCAUAUACAGACUUUAGAACACUGCCAAAAGGUCUUCCAGAUCCUCCAAACGAAAUCAUGGUGGAAGCUGGGCCCCAAGACGGUACACUGCUUGUGACGUGGCAGCCAGUGCUUCGCCCACCCGCUUCAGGGCCUGUCACUGGAUAUGCUGUUUAUGCGGACGGGAAGAAGGUGACCGACGUAGACUCGCCGACCGGCGAUCACGCUCUCAUCGAUAUUGGCAAACUGCUCGGCCUCAAUCCUAAAUGCGUCACCGUUCGUACUAAAUCUCGCGACAGCCAGUCAAGUGAUAGCCAACCGACGCCUAUUCCUCCGGCUGUUCUUCGAGGUGUUGUGUCGAGAGUUCCGAGAGGUCCCCCAGGUCAAGUUCCUAACCAACCAGCUCCAGGUUAUCGAAUGCAGCGCCCUCAAGCCUAUCAGCAGCAGCAACAAGUCAUAGAACAUGACGAAAACCUUUCUGAUAAAGAAAUAUUCCCAACGGCUAAUCGCCAUGACCAACAAGCAGCUCAGCCCACGAGCGGAUUCGGCACAGGCCUUCUAAAGAGUAUAUUCGACAAAAUAACCCCUUCGCAAUCGGGGAUACCGGCCAUCGAAAUCACUAAAGAAGGUGCCGUGGAGCAGGUCGGCGAAGACGAAGAGGCGUCGCGGCGCCGUCAGCAGCAGCCGUCCCAACCUGCACAAGCGUCGCAGCAGCCUUCGGGUCAGCAGUACCCGAAUACACAAGCCUUCCAUGGCACGCAGCAACCCCCCUUUCAACAGGGCGCCCAGUUCCCAAGUAACCAAACCAACCCCUACCCCGGGCAGCCACAGCAGUAUCAAAACCAACCUCCGAGGAAUCAUCAUGAGAGAGGACGCCCUCCUAAUCCUCACCAGUUACAGCAACAAGCACAACAAGGUGGUAUGCCGCAGUAUGGCCCUAGAGGCGUACCUCCACCUGGGCCUCGAGGUCCACCUCCCGGAGGUCGGCCUCCUCCUCAGGGCCAUCCGCAAUCCAAAAGAAGCCGCUAUUUCAUCGCACUGUUUGAUUACGAUCCAGCAACUAUGAGUCCUAAUCCUGAGAGUUGUGAUGAAGAACUGCCAUUUAGUGAAGGAGAUACAAUAAAGGUGUGGGGUGACAAGGACGCCGACGGUUUUUACUGGGGCGAGUGUAGAGGUCGUAGAGGUUAUGUUCCUCACAACAUGGUUGUCGAAGUUUCCGAGCAAGAGGCAACCGGCCAAGUGUCGGCGAAACCGAGAGAUCGGUGGAAUGACGCGUACACAAACCAUCCGGUGAGACGCAUGAUUGCUCUAUAUGACUACGACCCACAGGAACUCAGCCCUAAUGUUGACGCUGAUGCAGAGCUAAGUUUUCAAACAGGUCAGAUUAUUCAUGUUUACGGUGAUAUGGACGAUGAUGGUUUUUACAUGGCAGAAAUUGACGGUGUUAGGGGCCUGGUGCCGAGUAAUUUCCUCACAGAAGCCAACGAUCAGUAUGCGCCAGCGGGACCAAGUAAUCAAGGGCCGUCCGGUGGUCGAGGAAUGGGCCCGAGCACCAGUGCCCCCGGGGCGGGCCCGGGCCGCGGCCGAGGAGUGCCCUCCGGCCCUGGAGCUCGCGGCCCUCCGCCUCCCCCUAGAGACAACGUUGUACCCGCACAAAGAAAUCAACAUCGGAAAACAGAUGCCUGCCCUCUUCCCCCUUCUCAGUUAGACCACAACACAAGCGCCAGUAAUCCAGAACAGGCGAACGCUCAGCAGGCGAGGGGGAAAGGCGUGAACGCACAGCCGGUGACCACGACCGCGCGCACGACCGCUGGUAACGUGGGCACGCCCACGCAGUCGCCCGGCUCGGCGGCCACGCUCGCCAUGCCGCCCGUGGGCACCACGACCGCGGUCAGCACGUCCCCGGCGCGCCGCGGCGGCCCCACCGUCGUCCCCGCACCCACCGCUCAACCACUACAGCAGCAGCAACAGCAGCAACAACAGCAGCAGCAACAACAACAACAACCACCCACCUCACAACCGAACCUCAUGCAAAAAUUCUCCGAAAUGACCGCCCCCGGCGGUGAUAUUCUUAGCAAGGGUAAGGAACUCAUCUUCAUGAAAUUCGGUCUCGGCGGCAAAUAAUGUCGGCGGUACGGCCUUUAGGGCCCUAAAUUUACCAUUUCACCCGCGAUCACUUUCCUGAUAGCUGAUAAAAGCCUCAGAGCGGGAAGGAUCUACUGCUGUGUUUGUCCGGCAAACUACUCGGCUCUAUGCGUCGAUCUUCUUAUUGUAACCCAUUUAUAUCUGUUACAUAACGUAUUGUAAUAAAUGAUGUAAAUAAUUAAUAAUGAAUUCAAUAAACGCACAGUUUAGUGAAUAUUCAAAUGUUAGUGCAGUCUCGAUAUAACGCACGGUUGGAGUUUAACCCCUGAAUUAGUCGUAUCGUAAAGUUUUCUAUCUCUUGAACCUCUGCCCGUCUGUUAGAUUAGACUAUAAGUACCUACUUUUAUUGUUUUAAAAAAGCCGUUCUGUAUAUUAUAUAUGUGCACUUACACUUAUUAGUAUCAAAAAUGUGCUCCGAAGAAAUAUGAGUUUAUAAUAUCUUGAGCAAUGUAGGUAACGAUUAUAUAGAACGGCUUUUUCCUUUAUAUAGUUUAGUUUAACCUAUUUUGUAUUUAGACCUGAAAAAACAGUUUAAGAAAAUCUUUUCUAAGUGUUUCGUGACAUAAUUUUUCAUUAAUGUUCGUGGCUUAGAGGUCACGUGUCCACUUUACGUUUUCUAUCGCUAGGUGUGUAUUUCCUUAUUAAAUAUAGAAAUUAGAUGUUUUAAAACUAUAUCUUUGUUCAAUAAAAUUAAAAAAAAUAUAAAUAAUUGUUGAAUGUUACCAUCAAAUUGUCCAUUACAAUUCAUUCGUUGAAUUCUGCAACCGUCCUUGCAGAAAUAGAUUUCAGCAAUACAAAAUACAUUCCUGAAUAUUGAUGUUGACUCAUUGUGUUAUAAUAAAGUUUAUAAUGAUGUUGUGAAGAUUUAAAUAACAAUAUAAAAGCUGAACUUUGCGUCAACUUGCUAGAAAAUCAUUCGAGUUACCUGUAUGAUUUUAAUAUAAAAGGUGCCGUUUUGCAGUUUAAAUAAUUAAUCAAUAGAAAAUAAUGAAAAAGAUGUUUAAAUUUAGAAGAUGUAAGGAUAAUAAUUAUUACAAUUCACUUUCUGAAAAUAAUAAUAUUCUGUGAUAGUAGACGUGAUUACCAUCUUUGUCAUUAAUAUGUAAAAUACAGAAUCAUUUUCAUCUAAAAGUUUCCAAAUUCUGAAACAUUUUUCUAUGGCAACUUGCUCCAUAGACCUCAUCAAUGUCUAAGUGUUAUAACAUGCUAAAUAUUUAUCUCUAACGAAAAUUGUUGAAAAUGCAUUUAUUAUUUCGGGAAAUUUUAGGGGUAUUUAAAUAUAUUGUCUAUGUAUAAAAUAGACAAUGAAGGAAAAAAUAUUUAAACCUUUGUCUUUCUCUUUAAAGUUAAAUGAUCGAUACUGUUAAAUUUUGACUUAAACUAAAAGGCUACUCCCGUAUCGAGCCUAAAGACUGCUUGCAUGAGUUUUAUUAUAGUAUUUAUUUAACUUAUAAAUAUCUUUUAAUCCUACUUCUCGGUGGGAGAUAAGAAAAUAUGUUUCAUUAUGAUGAACUUACAUACCUACCUUAAUUAGUCGAAAUAAUAGAAAUAACGACUUAUGGAAUUUGGCCAUCGACAAACAGUUGAAAUAUGUUUAAUAUUUUCUUUAACGAACGUCGGAAGUCAAAUUCAAUUCAUUCUUAUGUAUGAUUUAUUGUCAUGUUAGUAAAUCAGUCACAAAUCAUGCGCGUACCUACGUCCUACGUAUUAUUUUAUAUAUUAAUCGCAUUUUCGGAUACAUACCAUUGCAGCUCGGUGUAAAUAUGUACUUAAGUAUGUUUUUAUUUAUCUAAGAUGUACGCCUUUUUUUCUACAAAUUUGUCAGAUCAUUGUUUUAUAAAGCCUCUUUAGAAUUGACCACUAGAGUGAAUUAAGACACUGGGGUUAAUAAUUACUAUUUUAUACAUCAUUAAAUGACAUGAGGUCACCGUCCAUUCAUUACAAUCUACUGAUCGUUUACAUUUUACACGUAUGAUCCGAGAUGGAGAAAUAAUGUCAUAUUACACACGCGUCUAAUUUUUCAGACCUCUCAAAAAACUAAGCUUUUAAUUAAAUACUAAAUCGUAUUAACUACCUACUGAAUCAUUUCAUUAUAGUUAGUAUCCAAAAGCAAACGUUAAAGGUACAUCGAGGUUAGGUUAGAUAUGGGGUAAGAUGAAACAAUAAAUUAAUCGCCGUUUAAUAAGUAUCUAGGAUAUCACAUUGUUUCUCUCUUGAUAUAAAAUAUUAUCAAUCAAUACCUUGUUUCUUAUUCAAUACCUAUAUAUGAAUAGUUGGACAGUCUCAUUCUUACCUCAUUAUCUUACUACGAAGGAAAACAAUUGGGGCCAAAUAUUAGUUAUUCUAAACAAUUUUAUUGUAGCCCUUUAUAGCAACCAAGUUUUCUCACAGUGAAAGUGAUCUUUAAAACAUCCUAUUAAAAACAAUAUAGCAAUAAAUGCGAGCUUCUUACUUGCGAGUAACGUUAUUCGUCUUUACUGUUUAAACAUUAUUCCUAACACAACGUAUGACAAUAAAUCGUAUAUAAGGUGACCUAUCUUAAGAACGUUUCUACGUAUGCGUUGUUCGAAUCUAAAUAAUUUAUAAAUGUUCUAUAUAUUAUAAUCAUUGUUGUAAAUAUCGUUCGGUAAGUUUGCUUGGAAUGUAGGCUAUAUAACGAGAUGCUCACUACGUACAAGGGAUACUCUAUUAAGUCCUAUAUAGCUUCGUAUAUAUCCAAAAUUAAUGCGUAUUUCAAUCUUUCACGUAUAUAAGAGACAAUUAGCUUGCGAUUCCUAGUAAAAUUGAUACAUAGAAAUAGAAAAUGUUCAGCCGUGCUGUUUAGGCCACAAUCAUGAAUUUCGUAAAACGUUACAAAGAAGAUAAUAUCAUCAUUAUAUAAACAAGAUAAUUUGAAUUAGUUUUGGGAACCCUGAUACUUUUAAAAAUUCUCAAAUAUAUCCAUCCCAUAUAAUAUGUUCAAAUUUCUAGUGGGUUGAUUGUUGCUUAAGAUAUUGUGGGUGUGUUAAAGGUAUCGUUGAGAAAAAGGAACAACUGACUUACCCAUUAGUAAAACAGGACAUGGACUUUUUAAAAUAACGCAUAAAUUUUGCAUUGUCAACGUAAUAGUCAGACGAUAAGUUGGGUACAAGUUGCUAGAGGUAUAUUCUGAGUACCUAGUACCUAUGAAUAGAAGAUGAUAUUUUUUUUUUUAGAUUUUUCAAUGGACGUGAAUAUUGUUAGGUUGUGUUACAGUAAUUAUCCAGAACGGGUACUAGUGCAAUUUUCCACUUCCAGAUUAAAUUUUAGACGAUGAGUGUUUUCCAGUGAAAUGUGGUUUAUCGAACCCAUAUUCUUCUUUAAUAUAUAAAGCAAUCUUGUCACACCUCUCAUGACGAUAAUUUAAAACAAAUAUAAUAUUAUCUCCUUUGUGCGUGUAUCCCUUUAAUGUAUAUACAAAUCAAUUGUACAUAAAGUGGGUGUUCGCAGAGGUCUAAACGUUAGCUAAGCUCAGUGCUACAUAUCCAUAAUAUAUUAUAUAUAACCUGUACUAAUCAAAACUUUCUAUAUUAAUAAAUAAUAGCGUUAUAUCUAACACCGAUAAAAGUUGUUCACUUGUUUAUAUACAUUGUUAUAAAAUCUGUAUUCAUAUCUUUUAUCACGUGUACCUAUGUAUCGUUAUUUAUACGAAAUAAUAUAAAUAAUUAUUGUAUAUUAAUCGUGCAUUCAUUUGUGCGUAAUUUAAAAUGGAGAAUGUAUAUUAAACUUAAUGGAUAAAUCUUUAACAAUGUACCAAUGAAAUAUGCCGAAACAAAAUAAAUGAUACAAAUGCCGCUUCUUUA